AUGUUAACCCACGCGUGCCCUUGUCAUGUAGGCGAGAGGCGAAAGCGUCACUCGUCGCAGCUCGUCGACAAGAAGAGCAACGACAGCGUCACCUGGACUCAACCCUACACCAUCCCUCGGCCGCCAGCACGAGCCCGGCAGGAGAAGCAGCAGCAGCUGGAAUGGUCGCAACCGCCGUCCAAGUCAAAGACCCAGCCUCGUCAUCAACUCACCACCGCCCUUCAAGGACCUACUCCAUUCAGCCUACCUCUACCAGAGCAACAGCAGCAUCCGCUGCACCAGGUCCCACCUCGAUCGAAUCUUGGGCCCACUGACGAGGACCACGAUGACAAUCACGAUGUCCAUCGAGAUGAUGCGGCGGGCAAUGUUUUAUUCGACAACAAUCAGCCUUCGGACCACACAUCAGACACAAUGCAUCUCAAAGACCUACUCUGGCUAGGCGAGUUGGAUAAGCUUUCGGGCUACAACGCACUGCAUCUAGCAGCAUACUACGGCCAGGCCAGCAUCGUGCGGUUGCUCCUGAAAACACGCCCUGCAGACGUUGACCUUUUGACCGACCACGGCCAAUCCGCCCUGCACAUUGCCAUCGCAGGGCUUCAUGUCGACGUCGUCGUCGCACUGCUGGAUUAUGGAGCAGAUCUAGUCCUACCAGACAACCUCGGCCGGACGCCGCUUCAUGUUGCAGUCAUGGCGGGCGCACAUGACGCGGCCCGGCUGCUAGUAGAUCGUCGCCUAGAGUGUCUUCAUGUUCGAGACGUGACUGGAUGCACUCCUCUGCACGUCGCCGUCAUGCUGGGCCACGACGAUGUUGUGCGUCUGUUUCUAGGCCGAGGGGGGGCGCCGUCAUUCUAUGAUUCUAUUCUAGUCGCGUCCUGA